UGUCCUUUGACAAGUCUCACAGUCGUAUUGGCAUCACGUACCUGAAGCAACAGUUUGCGUCAUACACGAGGGACCUGGCAUCGUAUGAUAUUACCAAAGAUACACUGCAUUGGUUCGUUCCAUACAAUUCCAUCUGGAAAGAUGGACACAUUCCACAAGACAAAUUUAUUUACCGAGAAAACUUAAUGAAGCCCAAUAAUGCUGCUGCUGUUAUCAUGUUGACGUUCAGCACACUCGGGUGUCUGACCUGCUUGUGUUUCCUCGCUUUCAACAUCAUCUACAGAACAAAUUGGGCAGUGAAGAUGUCAAGUCCCAACAUGAACAACGUGAUCAUCUGCGGAUGUUUGUUCAUGUAUAUCGAGGUCUACGUCAGCUCCUUUGACUAUCUGCAUGUUCUGAAUGACUCAAUCGGCAGCGCAAUGUGCAUGUCCAAGGUGUGGCUGUUGUCGGUAGGCUUUACGCUGCUGUUCGGGGGUAUGUUCUGCAAGACGUACAGAGUUCACUACUUAUUUCGAGAGCAUCGAGCAAGAAAGAAGCCUUUGAAAGACCGCCACCUGUUUGCGAUGAUUGCCGUGCUUUUAUCUGUGGAUCAUGUGAUUAUCAUUCCUUGGGCCGCCAUAUUCCCGUUUUCCUACAAGCGCUAUGUGAUGCCAAACAAGGAAUAUGUUGACAACAACGUUAUAUACUCUGACGUAAUCAUGGAUUGUCAUAACGACAACCAAAUCUACUGGACUAUUGCCGUCUACGUCUACAAAGGUCUCAUGCUCGCCAUUGGCACGUUCUUGGCCUGGGAGACUCGUCACGUGACCAUACCGGAACUUAACGAUUCCAAGUACAUCGCGACCUGCAUAUACAACGUCGUGGUCAUCUGUAUCUUCGAAGUGCCUCUGAGUCACCUGCUACCUGUUGAGCAGCCGACACUGAUUUACGUACUGCAGUCUUGUCUAAUUAUCUUCUGCACUACAUCAUGCGCAUGCUUAAUUUUUAUUCCAAAGCUUCGCUCGCGCAACAAGGUACAGGACAGGAUGUUAAACGGACCUCCUUCGACGAGCGCCAGAACCGGCUCUACCAUGGCGCCCGUAUCAGUCACCAGCGCGUUUUGAAUAUGUAUGUAUCACAAUACGCCUACGUCAAAUAUCAAGACGCAGUAAAUACGUAUGGAUCACAAUAAGCAUAUGUCCGACAUGAAAACGCCGUAAAAAUGUAUCAAACAAACGCCUUAGCCCUAUUUCAAAACGAUGUAAAAAUGUAUGCAUCCCAAUGCGCCGAAGUCCAAUAUCCAAACGUUGUAAACACGUAUGGAUCACAAUAAGCAUAUGUCAGACAUGAUAACGCCGUAAAAAUGUAUCAAAAACCGCCUUAGUCCUAUUUCAAAACGAUGUAAAAAUGUAUUUAUCGCAAUACGCCGAAGUCCAAUAUCCAAACGAUGUAAACAAGUAUGGAUCACAACACGCCUAUAUCCAAAACCAAAAUACGGUACACACGUUUGUAUCAGAACACGCAUAGUCCAAUAUAAAAACGCUAAAAACACACAUGUUUGACAAUAAGUUAUCACAACGGUCUUAACACGAAUGGAUCACAAUACGCAUAGGUUUAAUAAAAAUCGUUCUAAACACGUAGUGAUCACAAUACCUCUAGGUUUGAUACAGAACGAUGUAAAACGUAUGUGUCUUAAUACGCCCAGGUUUGAUACAAAACGUUGUACACACGUAUGUAUCCAAAUAGGUCUAGGUUUGAUGCAAAUCGUUCUAAACACGUAUUUAUCACAAUACGCCUAGGUUUGAUAUCACAACGAUGUAUAUGGUUAAACAAUUAUCUAGCCCUCUAUUAAGAACCAAAAUAUACAAGUAAGCAUAUUAGCGAAUACAUAUUUAUAUUUAUUUCAUAUAAUUAUGCACAUCGCUUUUAUAUGUAUUGCAUAUCUCCGAUAUCUUCGAUUCAAAAAUCGAACCAAAACAUAGUUAUUAACUUGAUCACAAUUAAAAACUGUACAAUCAAAUAAAUACUAGUAAAAUAAUAUAUAACACUGAAACCCCAGUUGCACCAGUAUGUGAGACUGAUAUCUAAUAAUCAGCUAAAGGUCUGUUAUUAUAAGCAGGUAACUAAAUACGUCCUUUAUAAGCGGAAGGUGAAUAUGUCGUUUUUAUUGGCAAGGGACAAUGUCCUUCAUUAGUGGCGAAUGAAAAGGUUCUUUGGCAGAUGCCGGAGAAUGAAUUGCCUUAAAAACCUUAAUGAAAUAAACGUCACAAAGAUUCUUAUAGCGUAUGCAUGUUUGAAAUAAAUUGAAUUGUAUUCUUUGCACUAUGGAUUUAACUUUACCAUUGUACACUUGAUCAAAUCGACACAAAAUAUGUAAUAUAGGUUAUACUUUAACCCUUUAAUAAUCCAAGCUCCGUCGAUGUUAAAAUAGUUAUACCACAGUUUAAAACUGUUGUAAUUGAUACUUAUAAACAAGAGUGGUUUCGAUCCGUUGAAAAUAGCUCUGUUUAAGAUAUGUACCAUGUAUUCAAGUCAACAUUUGUAUACGAAAAUUAUUUAGAUUUAUUACCUAAAUCACUAAAAUACUAUGUCGCAAAGCUUCGAUCUUCCAGCCUGCCACUGAGAAUUCAAACUGGAAGAUAUGCUGGUCAAAAUAUACCACGAAAAGAACGUUUUUGCCUUUGUUGUAACGAAUUAGAUAUUGAAGAUGAGUACCAUUUUGUCUGUAAAUGUCCAUUAUACGUUGAUAUUAGAAAAAACUAUUUAAAGAAAUGUUAAUACAAUAGGCCUUCUGUUUACAAAUUCCACCAGUUGCUGAAUACAACAAAUAAAUUUGAACUUAUUAAGUUAGCCAAAUUUGUAAAAGAAGCUCUGAUUUUAAGAAAUAAAAUUACUAAUGUUGUUAAUUAAUUUAUAUAGCAAUCCUCCAUAUAUUACCUUGCCUUUUCUUAACCGUAUACGAUGCUGAUUAUGUUAUUGUUACUGCUAUGUUUAUCUCUGUAACUUUUCUUAAACGUAUACGAUGCUCCUUAUGUUUAUAUUAUUACUAUGUUUAUCUCUAUGACAUAAUUGUAUGUGAAAUAUCUAGCGUUUAGACGAUGUACACUGUGCAAGUCUGAAUAAAUAUUUGUCUUGUCUUGUAUGUUAAUGACAAUUAAAUCACGGUCAUUAGCAUAAUUCGAUUAAGUGGUAAAUUGUAUUACAUUUGUAAUGAUAUAUUUAUGACUAUUAUGAGUUUAUUUACUCGGUAAUACGUAAUACCUUGAUCGUUAUGAUAAUUAGGCUGUUACCAGAGCGCCUGUGUGAUUCAUUCCAUUUUAAUACUAAGAAUUUGUUAUUUGUAGCAGCCGCCGGUGUGUUUGGCAAAUCCCACACAUAUCUGAUCACGAUGCGUAUAUUCAGCGAUGUGAAUUGAUCUAACGAGAUGGGGCAUUAUAAAAACGCGUACCUUAGACGCUGUAUAUUUGAAUAAAAAUAUAUGUAUAUACUAGAUGUAAAUGUAUACAGUAUGUACUGAAAUAUAUAUCGUAUGUACUGAAAUGUAUACCGUAUGUACUGAAAUGUAUACCGUAUGUACUGAAAUGUAUACCGCAUGUACUGAAAUGUAUACCCGUAAUACCGUAUGUACUGAAAUGUAUACCGUAUGUACUGAAAUGUAUACCGUAUGUACUGAAAUGUAUACCGUAUGCACUGAAAUGUAUACCGCAUGUACUGAAAUGUAUACCGUAUGUACUGAAAUGUAUACCGUAUGUACUGAAAUGUAUACAGUAUGCACUGAAAUGUAUACCGCAUGUACUGAAAUGUAUACCGUAUGUACUGAAAUGUAUACCGUAUGCACUGAAAUGUAUACCGUAUGGACUGAAAUGUAUACCGUAUGCACUGAAAUGUAUACCGUAUGUACUGAAAUGUAUACCGCAUGUACUGAAACUAUAUGGUGGACGGGACAUGCAUCUUCUUAAUUAUGCUUUGUUGGUUUUGUUAUACUGACGAUGUAUAGUUGGAAAGUCAUAAUAAAACACAUGUUUAUUUGGCAUAGAUUUUUGUGUCAGCAUCACCGACCUUUCACAGAUAUGAUAAACAAGAACAUAAGAAAUGCAUAUUUAUGACAUAAAUAUCAGAACUGUUUUGAUGUAUAACAUUUUUUAAACAAUUUUUUAUACGCGUUCCCUGAAGAAUCAUAUAUCAAUUAUUUCUCCUUUUACAAUGUUAUACAUAUUGUGUUGCAUGCAUUUUAUGCCAUGUCAAUAUAUAUAAUUCAGUGUAUUUAUUUGCUCUUUUUGUAAUGUUGGGCAUGUUAAGUCUGACAUUGACAAUUAAAUAAUUGAGUCGUGUUCUGAGAAA